AGUGGCCGGGACACGAUGGCUGAUGAAGAGGAAGAAGUCAAACAAAUCUUGCAGAAAUUGCAGGAACUGGUGGAUCGGCUCUAUUCAUUCCGAGACUGCUAUUUCGAGACACAUAGUAUUGAGGAUGCUGGAAAGAAGCAACAACAUGUGCGGGAGGAGAUGGACAAAACCUUGCAGCAAAUGCAGGAAGUAGUGGGUUCUGUCCAGGGCAAUGCACAGGUUCUGAUGCUCACUGGGAAGGCACUGAAUGUUACUCCUGACUAUAGUCCAAAAGCUGAGGAGCUGUUGUCUAAAGCUGUAAAAUUGGAACCUGAGUUGGUGGAAGCCUGGAAUCAGCUUGGAGAAGUGUACUGGAAGAAAGGCGAUGUUGCAGCUGCCCAUACCUGCUUCUCAGGAGCCCUCACCCACUGUAAGAACAAAGUCUCCCAUCAAAAUCUGUCAAUGGUACUUCGCCAACUGCGAACUGACUCUGGAGACGAACAUUCUCGCCAUGUCAUGGACAGUGUCCAACAGGCUAAGUUGGCUGUGCAGAUGGACAUCCAUGAUGGACGUUCCUGGUAUAUUUUGGGGAAUGCAUACCUUUCUCUUUACUUCAGCACUGGUCAGAACCCUAAGAUCUCCCAGCAAGCCCUCAGUGCCUAUGCCCAAGCAGAGAAGGUUGACAGGACAGCUUCUAGCAAUCCUGAUCUUCAUCUGAACAGGGCAACGUUACACAAAUAUGAAGAGAAUUAUGGGGAAGCCCUGGAGGGCUUCUCUCGUGCUGCGUUACUGGACCCUGCUUGGCCAGAACCCUGUCAACGAGAACAACAACUUCUGGAAUUCCUGAAUAGAUUAACCAGCCUCCUUGAGAGCAAGGGGAAGGUGAAGACCAAGAAGUUGCAGAGCAUGCUGGGAAGUUUGCGAUCAACCCAUCUUGGACCUUGUGGUGAUGGGCGCUAUCAGUCAGCCUCUGGGCAAAAGGUCACGUUGGAGCUCAAGCCACUAAGUGUGCUGCAGCCUGGUAUAAACAGUGGUGCUGUAUUGCUAGGCAAAGUGGUGUUCAGUCUUACUACUGAGGAGAAGGUCCCCUUUACAUUUGGCCUGGUAGAUUCAGAUGGACCUUGUUAUGCAGUGAUGGUAUAUAAUGUGGUGCAGAGUUGGGGAGUGCUCAUUGGGGACUCUGUAGCCAUUCCUGAGCCCAGCCUUCGGCUCCACCGUAUUCAACACAAGGGAAAGGACUAUACCUUCUCCAGUGUUCGUGUGGAGACCCCUCUCCUGUUGGUGGUGAAUGGAAAGCCUCAGGGCUCCAACAGCCAGGCUGCUGCCACAGUGGCAUCUAGGCCGCAGUGUGAAUGACCUUCCCUCACUGGUUGGCCUUAGAGGGAUGAGAUAGGCAAGGAGCUCUGUCUGAGCUCUGGGCAGCUGGACUGGACUCAAUCCAGUGACUCCCCUGGUAUAGGAAACAUUUUAGAUGAAGACUUUCCCUUUCUCUGCUCUGUAAGACAUUUUAUGUUCCUUCUUUGCUGUUAUGUCCCAGCUCUCUCAGGGGCCCUGCACUCCCAGGCAUAGCUCUUUUGCUCUUCUAUCAGUAAGAAAUGUUGGGAUUGUACUAUGGGACAAAGUCUUUGAGAUUCCUGUUGCCUCUUGCCUGAACCUUAUGUGUAUAUAUCAUUUCAAUAUUUAUUGCUAAAGGAGGGGGCUGACUUUUUUAAUGUCUUUUUUUCCAUUUUUAAAAUUUAGAUAUUUCCCCUUUUUGGGGGCUAGAAAAAAUUAAAUUCAUUUGAAAAAA